AUGAAAUUCAUGUUUUUCUCUCAGAUUUUCUCCCUCCCAAAAUCGCCCACUAAAAAUAAUUCCAAUAAAAAGCUAUUUGACUUUUUUUUUCCCUUCUAAGAUCUCUCAGACGACCCGAUCCGACCCGAUCGAGGGUGGUCAACACUCUGGUAAAAACUGAAGUCAAAGCAAAGCAUUUUCUCUUCAUCCCAUACUAUGCAAGAAUCCCAUUUUCAGUUUCCUCAAUCUAUCUAAAUCAAAAUCAUCUACAUGGUUUUGUUUGCUCUCAGAUAUGAAUCUACGCCGGCGAAAAUCAAGAUCACGAAGGGGGGGGGGGGGUUGAGUACCUGUGAGGCCCAAGUUUCUGAGGUCCCAGAGCAAGAGGUGGUUAUCUGUGCCUCCGGUGACCAGUCGGCACUUUCUUCUGAGCAGGGCAGAGGCCAGGGCCUGGGCGUUCCUCUUCACCUGCUGGAUGUAGGCCUUGAACUCGGGGGUCGCCACCUGCUUCAACGCUAUGGCUAGCGCUGCGAUGUGGUUGUUGUGGGGCCCUCCUUGCAUGGAAGGGAAGACAGAAAAGUUGAUUCUGUCCUCGAAGUCGUAUUGGUCGCCCUCGUCGGCUUGGCAGAGCGAUAUUCCCCGCUUCCUCUGCUUCCUGCCCUUUCGGUAAAAGAUUAUGCCUCCCCUUGGGCCCCGGAGGCUUUUGUGAGUGGUGGAGGUGACGAUAUCGCAGUAAUCGAAAGGACUCAGGCACUCCUGCAGGGUCACACAGGCACCAGAUCUCACGGUUAGAGAUAUGAAUUUAGUAUUCAAAAGGCAGCUUCUAGAGAGAGAGAAAAAAUAAAUUAGGGAAUAAAAAAGGGAUAGAGUAAGAUUGUAUUGGAGAAAUUUGGGGGGGGGGGGAUUGAAUCCCUGAGCAAGAACAAAAGUAAAUUCAAAAGGGUUUAAGCCAAAAGCGUCCCUCUUAAUUCUGAAUCAGAUUAUCAGUGAGAGAGAAGGAUCUACAACUCAAUGA